GUUCAGAGCCUGAUUUAUAUUCAUGCUACCUGUUGUUGCAGACUGAAAAUUUACAUUUGGACAGCACUGAAUGAGCAACAUGGCCUCACUGUGUAAAUCUAUGCUGGCUUGCUUUUUCUAGAGAUUAAAUGCACCACGCAGCCUUAGGUUUGAAAUUGAGGUAUAUUUGUAGGAGAGAAAGAGAAAGAGAGCGAGAGAGAAACUGUGCUCAUUUUGGCUCAGCGCAAGGAGCCACUCUCCCGUCGAAAUGAAUGUUACCGCGUUCCAAAAUGGCCGACCACAUGGACACAGUUUCUCUGGCAUGUUCCUCUAGCGCUACACGCUCGGACUAACGUCAGAGCCUCGAUUGAAAAGAAAAAAAUAUAUUAUCUCUGACUCACUCAAAUGAAUUUAACGCCUGCAUCACCCUUUACCUCGGCGAGAGUCGCUGAGCAAGAUCGACAUGCUGCGAAACUAGCGAUCGAGACACAUGUAGACACUGCGGUGAAACCGAAUGGCGGCGAGGGGCGCCAGGUGCAAGGCUGUCCAGGGAGUAUCAGAAGGGAAUGCAAGCCCGUUCAACAUGUGAGCAGUUCAUUUAUGAACGAAUAUCUUUAGUCACUGGCAUAGGAACGUCUUGACAUCUGUCACACUGGGAGACACAACCGUAUUGGGUAGUUUAAUUAGUUUUCAUGCAACGCAGUCUCCAUAAAUUGUCUUAAAAAUGAUAGUGACCGCUGUGCUCCAUCAGCAUGGGUGUUAUUUAAUGAUCUCGCGCGCAUCGGCUUGACACUGUGUGGACGAGCACGCGGACGAUAUAUUGCGCGUCUCAGCUGUUUCUGGACCGGAGCGCCUUUGCGCUGAUUACACAAAGCGACAUAAAACCCGACAGGCAGUGGACAUCCUGCUGCAAGGAUUGCAUUUCCUCUCGAUUUCGUUUUAGUUGAUGGAAAGGAACGCGUUAGAAGCAACCGCAACACAAGAUCACUAAUAAUUUGUUAUUUUCAUACUCCUAAAAACCACAGAUGUUAAAUCUAUUUUAAUUUAGAUUUUUACGUUGGAACGUCAAAUUUGGAGAUUUCAUCUACUUUGAUGUCAUCGAUUUGGGACGCGUUCUACACAUCGUCUCAUUAUCGCGAAGCUGUACGCGUUGGAGAUGCGCGAUUGUCUUCAAGGACUGUCUGGGCAAUAAGUGUGCAACCGCUCGUGAGUAAACGGCAAAUGCGUGCAUGAAACAUUAAUGAUAGAUGUAAUAUUUUAACACUGAAGGCAAGUUAGGGUUAGAAAUAAUGGAAUGAAGGUGUAAAGAAAUAGUGUGUUAUGAAAUAACCUAAUAUUGUGUUGAACGGACUUUGCAAUGAGUUGAAAUGCAUCAUGCGUGGGAAACUUGAUUCCAUCUUAAGUUGCAUAAUGAUAAGCAAUAUUCAUGGCUUGAAUGAAGAGAUCUUGGGUUUUGUAAUGAAGGAAGAAACUGGGUUGUACUGAAAGACAUGCGCACACUUCCCAGAAGCCAAUUCAGAAUUGCAGUGGAUUUAUGAGAAGAACUUCGUUCCCCCUCUCUCUCUACCUUUCUAUCGCAAUCUCCUCUGGAAUAGAAUGACUCCUGAUGAAAAUGUCUUCCAAACACUUCAGUCUGGAAUAUGAGUCAUGAAUAGACAGCCAGGAAACAGCUGCAGUGCUUCAACUCCACAUUUGAAAGAGAAACGGAAGAGGAUGCACACCAGAGAAAUGGACGAAAAGGACAUCGGCUUUCCUUCCUGUUUAAAGGAUAUUUGCUGACUUGGCUUUUUGCUUUGCAUCCUUACCUUGGACUUGAGGUGCUUGGAAUGCCCUGUGACUAUCAAAUUAGAUUUUUGUUCAUUUUUAUUACCAUCUGGCUGAAUGACUUAUGAAGUUCAUUUCUGCGAACUGGCUUUGAUCUCAAUUCCAUGAAUACUUGGUGGCAGUGGAAAAAUGGCACACUUGACGGAAGAAUAGCAGUGCACAGAUACAAACACAUGCUCACAAACAUUGUAAACGUACAAAGGAAUUGACAUUUAUUAUUAUCAUCAUCAUCAUUUGAAUGUGAAUGCAAAUUCCCAAUAUGGAAUUUCCUCAUCCCUUUCCAGUACUGUGACUUCCAAAACUGAAUUGAACUUUGAGGAAAUCUCUGAUUAAAACGACUGACUAUUUUAGCCUGGCUACCCAACUCUAACUCCAACACAUUUCCAUCUCUCCCCCCCACCCGCUCCACGUGGGUGGGGGGAGAGCUUCCUCUUACGGGGUGGUCCUAGAAGCUUAUCCUGGCAGACGGUGACUGUCAGUCAGGUGUCCAUCAGCAUGGAUACUGGGCAGGGCACCCCGGAAAGCCCUAACCGGGCUGUGGAGUACCUGCUGGAGCUUAACAACAUCAUUGAGAGCCAACAGAAGCUUCUGGAAACUCAACGGCGGCGCAUUGACGAGCUUGAGGUGCAGCUGGAACGGCUCAGUCAGGAGAACAAAGACCUGAGGUUGGACCGAAAGCCCUGCCCACCCCCACCUCCACCUCCUGUCCACCCUGUCCAGCCACCCACUUCUAACGCUGCAACCUCCACCAAAGUCUAUGCCAAUCAGACUCCCAACAGCAGGCCCAUCCCGAUACCCAUCCCGGCUCCAGCUCCCCCUCCCCCACCACCACCCGUGCCACCACGGGACCGUCGCGUCAAUGCCAACACUCACAUGAGACUUGGCCAAAGCCUGUCAGCUGGAGCCAAUGCCACUGAGCGAGAGAGGGUCCGAGACAGGGAACGAGACUGCACCACUACCAGUUUGGGAUGCUCCCUGCAGAGACCUCCGCAAGGAUACUCCUGCAACAAAGACAGUGUGGAGGGAGAUCGUCAAUGUCCGGACACGGCUAGUAGUCAGGGCCCAUACCUGGGCAACUCAGAGCGCUAUGGGAACAUCCAAAAUAUUCCUGGCCCUCAGGGGCCUCCUGUGACCCCUUCGAGCCAAGCGAGUCUUGCCUGGGCGCAACGGACCCGCAACCAGCCCGCCAGCCUGGCACUCCGCAAGCAAGAAGAAGAAGAGAGCAAGCGCUGCAAAGCGCUCUCUGACAGCUAUGAGCUCUCCACAGACCUGCAGGACAAGAAGGUGGAGAUGCUGGAGAGGAAGUAUGGAGGUUACUUCCUGAGCAGACGAGCGGCUCGCACAAUACAGACGGCGUUCCGGCAGUAUCGCAUGAACAAGAAUUUUCAACAGCUACGCAGUUCCGCCUCUGAAAGCCGAAUGACUCGCAGGAUCAUCCUGUCGAACAUGCGUUCACAGUAUUCGUUUGAUGAGCGACAGCCACAGGUUCAGCCACAGACACCACAGCAGUCUCAAGGUCGAUUUACCAGCCAUCACACGUCGGCUCUGGGCACAGCUAGCCAGGCAGGAACAACAGACCCACAGCAGGAGACUGACUCACCCGCACACUGUCCUUCAGACAGAGAGGAGUACUCACAUGCAGACGACGCUUUCAACAAACAGGUGACAUCUCUGGCUGACUCUAUGGACGACACUCUGACGUGUCAGCCCGGCCGAGGGGACUCUGAGGAUGGUGGUGGGGGAGACGGUGAGGAGACCGAGGAUUUUGGCGAGUGUGUGUGGAGCAACAAACCUAACUCACGUAGGGGGGUCAUGGGGGAGCAAGAACGCCUGGGGGUCAUGCACGAGGACAGCACAGCUACCUCGUACAGCGACAUCACGCUUUAUAUGGAUGACGGCAUGCCAUGUUCUCCACUAUCCAUUGAGCGGGUUCCCUCCAGUACGGACACAGAGUACUGGGGCGUAAGCAGCAGGGUCGGAGGACGUGGAGACAGUCGGGAGGGCGGCGAGAGCAAUAACAGCCGGCGUAGCACACCAUGCACUGAAUGCCGAGAUUUCCGGUUGCGGGGGUCACACCUCCCUGUUCUCACCAUAGAGCCACCUAGUGACAGUUCUGUUGACAUGAGUGACCGUUCAGAUCGUGGCUCCCUCAGCAGGCAGCUGCUUUAUGAGCAGGAGCCUACAGCAGGCGGAUCGCCUCAAGGGACUCUCAAACACAACCCCACCCCUCGCACACCCAAUCCCUGUGCGGCACAGGGCCAGACGAGACCCCCGGGUCGUCCCAUCCCAUCCCCUCUUCCAACACACAUACCACAACACACAAUAAUGCACCACCAUCACCACCCACACCUUCACCAUCCAUUGCACCACCACCCUAUGCCGCACAUCCAUCACCCCUACCCUGACCCCACGUCUCCCUCGCCCACUCAGCCUCCACUCACCCCACUUUCUUCCUCAUCCUCCACGCCACUGCCUGCUACUGGCUUGGAGCACUCGGAUGGGGACAACGACUCCAUGAACUCCACCACCAACUCCAAUGAGACCAUUAACUGCAGCUCAGGCUCUUCGUCUAGGGACAGUCUAAGGGAACCGUUGCCUCCUCUAGGAAAACAGACCUAUCAGAGAGAGAGCAGGCAUAGCUGGGACUCGCCCGCCUUCAACAACGACGUGGUGCAAAGGAGGCAGUACCGCAUUGGACUGAACCUCUUCAACAAGAAACCAGAGAAGGGGAUCCAGUAUUUGAUAGAGAGAGGUUUUGUCUCAGACACACCUGUGGGCAUUGCACGUUUCAUCCUGGAGAGGAAAGGCCUGAGUAGACAGAUGAUCGGGGAGUUUCUGGGAAACCGUCAGAAACAGUUCAACAAGGAUGUGUUGGACUGUGUGUUGGAUGAGAUGGAUUUCUCUGGCAUGGAUCUGGAUGACGCCCUAAGGAAGUUUCAGGCUCAGAUUAAGGUUCAGGGGGAAGCCCAGAAGGUGGAGAGACUGGUAGAGGCCUUCAGUCAGAGAUACUGCGUGUGCAACCCUGUACUUGUCCGCCAGUUUCAGAACCCAGACACUAUCUUCAUCCUGGCAUUUGCCAUAAUCCUUCUCAACACAGACAUGUACAGCCCCAACGUCAAAGCUGAGAGGAAGAUGAAGCUGGAGGAUUUUAUCAAGAACCUUAGAGGAGUGGAUAAUGGACAGGAUAUUCCCAGGGAUAUGUUAGUGGGCAUCUACCAGCGCAUUCAGAAAUGGGAACUCAGGACAAACGAUGACCAUGUGUCUCAAGUGCAGGCUGUGGAGAGGGUCAUCGUGGGCAAGAAACCUGUGCUUUCUUUGCCACAUCGCAGGCUAGUGUGCUGUUGUCAGCUGUAUGAAGUCCCUGACCCCAAUCGACCCCAGCGGAGUGGAGUUCACCAGCGCGAGGUCUUCCUCUUUAAUGACCUGAUAGUGGUAACAAAGAUCUUUCAGAAGAAGAAGACAUCUGUGACGUACAGUUUCAGACAGUCUUUUCCCCUGGUGGAGAUGCAGGUUCAUAUGUUCCAGAACUCCUACUACCCUCACGGUAUCAGACUGACAUCAGCGAUGCCCGGCAGUGAGCGCAAGGUCCUGAUUGUGUUCAACGCGCCAAGCCAACAGGACCGAACGCGCUUCACCAGCGACCUGCGUGAGAGCAUCGCUGAGGUUCAAGAUAUGGAGAAAUACCGUGUAGAGUCUGAGUUAGAGAAGCAGAAAGGUGUGAUGCGUCCAGGGCUCCUGAGUAGAGAUGGGGACGGGGUUGGCGGAAUAAAGACUGAAGCUGUGAACGGCACUCUGGGUAGGCCCAGUCUGGAUGACACGUACACAGCAGGGGAGGGGCUUAAAAGAACAGCACUUAGCUCCUCACUGAGAGACCUCACUGAGACAGGGAAGCGAGGCCGUAGAAACAGCAUUGGCUCUUUGGAUAGUACUAUAGAAGGAUCCAUCAUUAACAGCCCUCAGCCGCAUCAACGCUUGCCCAUGGGGGGCGCCGUUCCCGGCUGCUAUGGGCUAGAAGACUACCGGCCUCACCGCCCCAUCCUGAGCCCCGGAGUAGGGAUGGGGGGUGGGCCGGGGCAACUUCACAACGCCGUAGGCAAUAUGGGUGGGGGGCCGGGGAGCAGUUCUGGAGGGAGCAAUUCCGGUUCCUUCCUGGGCUCCCUGUUUGGGAGCAAGCGCGCCAAACCUCCUGCUCCCCUUAUUCCCCCAGGGCCGCAUUACCCGGCCCCCAUGCUACCUCCUACUACAGGAGGGCCACCACCCUCUUCCCCCUCCGCCCUCAGCCAGUCAGACCCCGGUGGGCCAUCCAAGAUCCAGGCCCUGCACGCUCAGUACUGUCACAACAACUUUGGCCAGCCUCCACCCCCCUACCAUCAUCAUCAUCGGUACCACAUGCAGGCCGUCGCCCCAGGCCAUCCCCCCACUAUCCAUCAUACCCUACAACGAGGGUCCCUCCCACGGCGCGGGCCCCCCGCUCCUUCACACGCCCAGUUCCAGCAGCAACUAUCCCAUCAUGCUAUACAGCAAGGCCGCUAUGGCAAUAUGGCUUGCACCCCUCCACCUCUGUCCCCACAUUCGCCCAAUUCCCCCAUUGCCCCUUUCACCUUUUACCACAUGCAUCCCAAUCCCAUACGCCACGUACGGGUGCCCGGUCCUACCGGCAAGCUUCCUCUCACCCUGUCUCACUCUCAGCCCCACCCUCACGCCCACUCCCACAUUCACUCUCAUACCCACAGCCAUCCAGUACACGCCCACAGCCCACACCCCUUAAUGGAUCACUCCGCCCAUCAAACUCAUUUCGUUUUCUCACCGCCCCCUCAGGCGCCAUCCGCCAUCACCACCCGCUACAUACCCCAGGGCGUCGCCCACUGCGUCCCGCAGUAUCCUCCCCUCUCCUCCAUUCCUCCUCCUCCACCACAUUCCCCGUUACCUCCUCCUUCAUCCCCACAUACCCCACUGACCCCUCUUACCCCACUCUCCCCACUGGCCCCACAGCUCCCAGGACACAUUGGGGUGCAGUUGGGCGGCCCAGGGGGCGGAGGAGGAGGUGGAGCCAGCAACAGCAGCACGGUCGGCAGCUCCAAAUCCAGACCUAUCAACCGCAUCAGCACGGUGGUAUAAGGGUAAGCCGCGGCAGAGGGCGCAGGGUCCCAAUGCGGAGGAGCUGGAGCCCAGGCAAGAGGAAGUACACCAAACUUAGACUCUGUUACUUCCAUAUCCGCUUCCCUCACGUGUAGAGCGGAAAUCCUGGCUGGCUACAUGCUUAUUGCUAGCCUGAAUGGCAUCUUGCUGUUGGCCGCCAUUCAAAACAAAGGCUUUAUAACAGCAUGAAAUCUCCAACUGAAGAUCUAAGAAGCCUAAUGGAGACGAUGGUAUAGCAAAUGAAGUGUAUUUAAGAGUAUGGGUUGAAAUUAACGUGCAUGGCUACCAAAGGAAAAGGUUACAGGGCGAAAGGGGGUGCCAAUUUAAGUCGAACUGAUGAUCUGGAGUUUAAGAGACCAAGUUUGGCUGUCUGAAGACGACAAUGGUGAACUCUUUAAACACUCAACAUGGAGACAAAACUGGAGAGAUGAGUGCAAAAUAUAAAAGAAACAACAGAACUUUCAUCCAUAGUAUUUUCAAUUUUCAUGCGUCUCAGAUGACAAUCAUUUCAGGGUCAGUCAGAAAAUGUUUGCUUGAUUCAUUACUCAAAAUUCACAGAUGUAUUCCUCAGCAUAUAAGAAGGGCCAGCAUGCACUUAGUGGGAUGCCAAACACAAUUUUUUAAUUAUUUUAAAAGAUACUUUUAUUUUACCCUGUGAGUGUAAGGACGGGAUGGGAACUGCUGAGAAAACUUGCAUCACUACACAGUUAAAAAAAAAAAAAACUUAUUUUGAAACAAUUUGGAAAUUGUUUUUUAUUUUAUUAAUUGUUGUGUUUUUUGUCUUGAAGUGGCUGGGCAUCCGGUUUGAAAUAAGUCAGCCAAAACAGUAAAAAACACUUUUUUGAAGACCUCAGUGAAGUCAAGAUGUCAUUUGCGCCAAACAGAAUGUAUAGAAAUAGAUUUUAAAUUGUCUGGUAAAUACUUUGUUCUUUUGUUUUGUUGCUAUUCUAUAAGAAAAAAUUAAGCAUACAAACCUAAAUGCAACAUACCCAAAAGUGUAAUGAGUAACAGCGACCAAUAAUCAGGACAUAGAUCUGUUUAUUUCCUACCACCUGUAACCUCAGCAUCUCUAUCUCUUUUUUUUUUUUUGUAUCACCAUUUCACUAUUAUUUCAGCUUGUCUACUUAAACAGUCUUACCAGACCAACAAAACAUUUAUAUUUGGCAAUUCAUUACAUAACCUUAGUGCCUACUGUAAAGGUUUGUCAUUGGAGGUUUGGGAUCAGUGAUUUUUUUCUUUGGAUGACGUGUUGAAGGAACAGGGUGUUUGCAUAGAGUGUCAUUGAAAUCUUGAAGUCAAAUCUGUAUUUAUGGGCUUGGUUUUGUAAAGCUUCGAUGGUCAAAAUGUGUUACAGAUAGCAUAAAUAUUUCCAAGUAACUGAUUUUUAAAAAGAACGUCUGGAUAUGGGUGAUUUAAAAUGGUGACUUUAUUACUAUAAUGAUGUCAAAUUCUACUGAUAUAAUUCUUGCUAUUUUUGGUGUAAAAGCUACUAAUAUAAUACGAUAUGUUUUAGCAGAUUGCAGUGCUUAGUGUUUUCUAAAAGUUUUUUUUUUUUUAUAGACAGACCAACAGGCUAGGUUUUUUUUGUGUGUUUGUGUGUACAAUUCAUGUUUAGCAAAUUAAUUGGACUUCUCAUUUCAGGUAAAUGUUUUGCAGCGAUUUGUUAUACUAUAUCCACAUAAAAGCUGUAUGAUCUUUGUAAAACUCAUUGUUGCCAGAAGCCAUACACACUUGAGCAACUCGCUCGUUUAAUAUUGUGAAUUUACUCUUGAGUUGCAUGUCCAAUGUCAGUACCCUCUCUUUUUUUUGUUUGAAAGCAUUAAGGUAACUUACAUUCACACACACAAUCUUUUUGCUGAAAGUUUCUGGCUUUGCACAUACACAACUUAAAGAUCAUCAGUGCCUAGGAUCCAAAGCUCCAACAUCAUCUGCGUCCCUCCAUACAGUCCCUCUGUCUUUCUUUUACACCCCCCCCCCCCCCCCGACAACCAAAACGGGCCAUUCCCUGUCUAUUAACCAGAAUCAUUCACAGUGUUACAUUAGUGAUGUGUUUGUGUUGAGGAGUUAUUUUUAUACUUAUUAAAUUUAAAAACUGAAUGUCCUAAAAGAAUGAAAACAUCUUAAUAAUAUUAAUAUCUGCUGCUAGUCCCAGCCAUUUAAUUUUAUUGAUUUAUUUUUGUCUUCAUUAUUUUCUUUGCCUAUAUAUGUUUAGUCAAACUACAAUACUUUUUAUUCAGGUAAUGGAUUCCAGUACUUCAAAUCUGCUAGCAUUACCCAUAACUGAAAACCUUCAGGCCCUUGUACAAACAGGAACUCCAUGCCCCUGUUCAUAAUCUGUGGCGUGAUCUGAAUAGAGAGGACCAUUCACUACACUUCACCUUUUUUUUCCUAUGGGUGGUAUUGCUUCUCUCUAACUCUAACGCUUUGAUCUUGUGCUUGUAUUAAAAUUCCUGAAAGCUGGGGCAUGCUGAGCUUAAAUCCAAAUAAAGCAGAGAUGAAUGAUGUAAAAAAAAUAAAAAAUAAAAUCCAGUAGUUUUUGAGAUGCGUGUUCUGGUUUAUAGGCACGCUAAUGUCUUGCGCCACCGUGCCCCGUGUUGCAUGUCUGCACUUAGCUGAAUGAUGCUGUAUAAACCUGAAUGUAUAUAUUAGUUGAUAUAAAUAUGCCAUAUUUACUCUGCACUGGACUUGGGAAUCAGUAUCUUGCUGGGAACGGGAACUUGAACCAUUGUUUACAUUUUAAGGACCUGGGGGUGGGGCUUGGAAUGAAUUGUAAUUGUAAAAUUGUAUCAGUAUGUGUGUAAGAGCAGUUCCUAUAUUCAAAAUUAAUUGUAUGAAGUUUUAUAUGUAUAUAUGUAUGAGGUUUCAAUGCAGAAUUGAAAUUAUGAGAAGAGAAAUUAUGUGAUUAAUUUAUGGCUCAUUCUAUAAAACAUGUUCUUGCUGUUGGAAAGUUGUUUUUAUAUAUACAGUAUAUAUAUUUCUGAGUGAC